AAUCGCACGGACAAAAACUUCAAACACCAACGCGAACAACUUGCUGUCAAAAUAUUGAAUACAAAAUAGAACCUUCAAUGUACGCCAAAACCGUGCCGACCGAGGAAAUUCUUUUUCUUAGUGGUAAACAAAUCGUUCUUUUUGUACGUGUAUCGUUUUUUCCCGCCAGUCCAAUCCCGUACCGUUCCGAAUCCGAUGAAAUUUCCACGCCAACCAACGGCAAACGGGUGUAAUUUCGAUUCGUUUUCACUUCCGCUCCACGUCCGACUUGUGGACGCUGGAAUCAAUUCGGGCAUGAAAUGCCUUCACGUUUCAAUCACCACAGCUGUGCUAGGUUGCUAGGAUGGAAUGCACCGCAAAGUACUUUCGUCGCCCGGUGAAUCGUGAAAAUCAUAAACACACUAGGGUUGGGAACACGUACACGGAAGUGAAAAUUUGGUCCGGUUCUUGGUGAAAGGUUACUUCAGUUUCUUUUCGACGUACUCUGUUCCGGCUGCUGAACUAAGCGUACCACCGAACGAGGGACGCUCGGAUAGCGAAAGCGGAUCGCUAACGUACGCGACCGAACGAUCAUGUUUACAGAGAAGAUUUUUGACAAUCUCGGCGUGGAUAUGAUAACCAGCAAUGAUUCGGAAGAAUCGAUGGAGAAGUUUACGGGCAGCAUCGGCAGCAAUAAAUAUCAAUCGGUGAUAACGGACCUCGGGAAGGCUUUGCUGCAGGCAGCCCGUACAGGCAACACGCCGAAUGUACUCGAUUUGAUGGGCCGUGGUGCCCCGUUUACUGCGGACUGGCUUGGCACCACACCACUUCAUUUGGCCGCCCGAUACAAUCACAUCGAAACAUGCAGGGCAUUGCUCAGGGCCGGCAUAAGCAAGGAUUCAAAAACCAAGGUUGACCGGACGCCGCUGCAUAUGGCCGCCUACCAUGGUAACAUUGAGAUCGUGGAACUGUUGCUAAGCAACAAAUGUGAAGUGGAUGCAAAGGAUUUGCUCAAGAUGACUCCUUUACAUUGGGCGGUGGAAAAACGUCACGAUAAGGUGGUGGAAAUGUUGUUACAACAUGGUGCGGAUCCAAACGCGCUCUCCAAGUUUGACAAGUCACCGAUAAUACUUGCCAAAACCACGAAACAGAUGGAGCUGGUGCGGAUACUGAAGCUAGCGAACGAAUUACGGGCGGCAAGCAAUGAGCAAGUGGGGAUAAAGGAAGCAACGGAUAGUCUUAUGCACGAGCUGCAGCAACACAAGGAACGUCAUAUCGAUGGCCAGAACGCGAUGGUGAACGAAAAUGAUGAGAUAGAGGAUAACAUUACAAUGGAACUGAGUAACGAUAGUAACACCAACCUGUCGGAUCACUCCGAUCACCACCACCACCCGCUCAACGACACGGAUAUGCUCAUCGAGAAGGAGGAUAGUUUGAGCGAUGCCAUAACGAAUCUGGAGCAGAGUACGGCGGCGGAUCAGAAAAACCUAGACUCGUCCACGCUGCAAAUGCUCAAAGAGCACGGUAUUGCCUUCAUGCCAUCGGACGAAGGUGGCAGCGUAAUAACGUCCGCCAUCAAGAGCGGUAGGAAAAUCGUACUCUCCGAAGCGGGCAAGUACGCACUCAAGGAAACGAGAAACCUUCAGACUCAACAGCAGCAGCAGCAACAACAACAACAACAAUCGCACCAUUUACAAAAGCAAACCUUCCACACGGCCUCAUCCGUCUACGGUACGAACAUCACGCACUCGAAAACGAAGACAAUCAAAAUCAUUAAAAAACAACCUGCCUCAUCUCACCUGCACCAUUCACACGUGCAUCACGUCCAUCAUCCGAGCACGGGUGCCACACCAACGAUAAAGACGAAUAAAGUGAUCAAGAUUCUAUCGCCGGAAGAGUUCAAACAAAUCUGUGGCGGUGAGGUUGGUGGCAUCAAGCGUGUCUCCUCGUCGGAAUACAAGAAAGCGGUUGGAUCGGCAUCUGUAAGAGUUCCUAUCGGUGGUCGGUCACAUGUUAUACCAUCGUCUGGUGGUAGCAUGGGCACGAAACCGAUCAGCAAAAUCGUUAUGACGAAAUCGGGCCAACGGUUCCCAAUGGUGGCGGCUGCCAGUAAAUCCGUCGGAGACAUGGUACAGACGAAAGUAAGCAGUAGUAGUAGUGGCACGGGCGCAACCGGUAUAGCGAACGGACUGUCCAGCGGGCACAAUCGGCACAUCAUAACCUCGGCCGACGGUGUGAAACGGCUUCGAACCGCCACCGGUAUGGAGAUUAUUUCGUCCCUUCCCACCAAACUGCCCCAGGAUACGGUCGUUUCCGUCGAAUCGUCAACGGUACCUCGGGUAGGUGCCGUGUAUCAUCGUGUUACCACGAUAGGCAAUCACCAUUCGGCCGCCUCAUCCAAGUCUAUCUCCUCACCCUCCUCGAAGACUGGCAGCGGGACGGCGACCAACCUGCUAGUGGAAGUGCUCGAACGACAGCUGCUCGAGCUGAAGAAGCUCAUCGAGGAUCUGCGGAAACAGUUCGACCUGUCGCAGAAGCAGAACGAGGAGUAUCGGGCCCGGGUCGAGAAGCUAGAGAAAGAGGUACAAACGCUUAAGCAGCAGGGAUCGAGUGGGUCAGCAGCAGCAGCAGCAGCAACAACAACGGGCAGCUUGGUCGAGAUUCUGUAGAUCGUACUCAGCAACACUGCACGUACCGCUGCUACGUGAUGUAUGGCGCUUCCUUGACAAAAAAAAACUACCUUAGGAACUUUCGUUAAGUGUUAAAACCAAGUUCUCGUGAAUGUUGCGAGUUGUUUGUUUUAUGGCACUCCUCCAUUUGUUGUUGGCGCAGGAUUACUUUCUAUUACCUGAUGUACUGCUGUCAUGUUUUGGUUUUUGUUUCGUUCCGUAUAACGCUCACCUUUUGCUGCUUUCGAAACGAAAGCAGAUGCAAUUCUUUUUAGAGGCUACAGCUUUUUUGUUUUGCUAACUUGUUGCUAAUUUGGUUCUGUAUUCGUUGGCGCAAUCUUUCUCACUUAUCUUCUCUCUCUCUCUCUUUGUUCAAUUAGUUGUGUUUUCUGUUAUCAUUUGUACAGCCAAUUCAACCGCAAUCCAUUUACUUUACAAUUCUGAAAAAUCAAUCGAAUCUCUUCAGUGAGUUAUUUAAAGCUUAAAUCACAAUCACCACACAGUGCCACUUUUUGUGUCGGUAACAUUUUGUCAGCUAUUCGAACAAGAGAAGAGUAAUGUUUACGGAACGCAUCGCUCUGUAGCAUCUUCAUCUACCUCGUGAACGUGUAGAGUUUGGUACAGUGGAACGGAAAACAGCAAAUGAACGAACAAACCGAAACAGCAAUAACAAGCAGGAAGUAGGAAGAAAAAAAAAACAAACGUAAAAACCAUACAGUACGGGGUUAGGCAUUUAGUGUUCGAAACAUACGCAAUGAUGGUCACUAUUUGCCGGUCAUACCAUUUUUGGGCAUUGAAAGUGCGAAAGUAAAAUGUACCGGAUUGGAAAUGGAAAUGUCCGCUCAUUAGUUAUGUAUAAAAAUUGUUGGUUUUAAAUUAUAGCUAUAGGGAAAAUUGGGACGAAGGAAGGGAAAAAAAAACUCUACACAUUUUACGCUACAUUAAUUCACCCAAACAAACUCAACCGUUCUUUGUGUUUCGCUGUUUCAUUGCGUUGUUUUUGUUAGAAAAAAAACAAAUUUAACAAAAAGUAUGUUUUUUUUGUUAAAAAAGCAAAAUGAACACUCUAAGUAAUAGCAGGAAAACGAAACACCAAACAGAAACAUAAAGUUUGAAAACUAAAAUCAUCUCAACUGCUUAAAUAGGGAACUCAUUUAUGGAAUAUAUGUAAAAUAAUAGCUUUGAAGAGACGAAGAUGUUUGCUAACAGUAAAAAAGGCCAUUUGUUCGAUUUGUUUCUAACUACCCUAGCACCUUCUUUAAAAUCGGUUUGUCUCUGGUAAAACAGUAAGAGCAUUAGCCGUUAGUCGUAAAGAUGAAAAAAUGGGAAACAAAAUUAGCAUAAAAAUGCCGUACUCUCACAGAGUAGCGUUGAGUUUUGUUAUUGCGUUAGUGUACGCGCAAAAGCCCAGCAAUGUACAGACCAAUGGGAAAGAGAGUUUAGGGCAACUAGUUGUCAGUGGAAUCGUUAGAAUCGUCAGCAAUAAUCAGCGAGAUGUGGAAACCAUAUCUUUUCGCAAGGGAGGGGCGUGUGUGAACGAAGUUUAAUCCUGUUGUACAUAUAGUGUAAUGAAAACGCUACUUUACUCUUCAUUAAAAGUCGCCUUACUUUGAAAGUGUUCAGUCCUGGCCAAUGCUCCUGGUAUACGCUUUGCCUCCUUGCCGUGGUGUUGUUGUGAAGGACCGCACACAGCAAAAGCAACAGAACGGCAGCAAGCAUGCGAGGAACGCACUUUCGGAAGGGAAUGUGUGUAGGUGUGAGCGUACAGCACUUGUCGCACUUUGCGCCAUCUGUGUGAGCCUGACAAGUGUGCCACACACAUAUGUUGCUCCUUGAAUGGAAACGAAUAAAACAGAUGCAUUUCAUUUUCA